AUGCAGUCUUCAACUGCUCCCACCACCGAGUUCCCCCACGAAAACCUGCUGCAAAACAAACCAGUGGCCAAAUCCACCCCCGACUGCCCUCUAAGCAACCAGACACACCUGGGGGCAAAACUCACGCCGGAGAGGUUCAACGCCGAACCGACCGACAGACCCCAGCCUUACCUCCACCGGGAGUCUCCCAGGGUGGAGAGGGUCGUGGCAGCCAUCCUCGUUCCGGGAGCGGACGCGAGCAAGGGCGAGGACAAAGGAAACCUGGUGGGAAUGGCGACGGCUACGGUAGCAGUUCCGACUCCGCCGAUGACCGCCGUGAUCGUCGAAUUGGAGUAUCUCACUGAAGGAGAGCAAAACCAGGAGAUGAAUCGGUUGGCACAGGAGUCACCCAACACACAGCCGGACGGUGCCGAGAUCACCCACGCCAAGCUCAUGGCAUACGCGGAACAAAGCGAGGACAUCCUGCUCCGGGACAGCCUGGCAGCCCUCCUGAGGCAGUCCGAGUCGUCGCCCAAAAUGGAUCAGAGUGAAGACAAGCAGCAUGAACGAGAGUCUGUCUCUGAAGACUUCUUGCAAACUGGCCAACUGCGCUAUCAAUUUGUGAUGAUCCCGGCCGAGUUGAUACCCCCAUAUGUAUCUCAAUUGUUUGGAUUGGGUUCCCUUCUCCAGUGCCGUCCCCUCGUAUUCAGGAUUCUCAUUAAGAAUGAGACUCCCCGUUAUGCCGAAUUUGUCAGUAAUGACCUGCUUGCCGACUUGGAAUGGCACUUUUGCUGUCGGUCUCAGACCUUUCGCCGUUGCAAGCUUGGCCAGUCCAAAUCCACAUGCAAUCUCGUUUUCGUGGUGGCCAUGAAUGGGCGGGUUGAACGAAUAUAUCGACCGGAUGACAUCACCGAGUUGCUGGAUGCGAGGCUUGCACGCCUGGACUGGUGUUGCCUGCUAUGCGAUCCAAGGCAUAAUUGCUGUCGGUUUGAUGUUGCUACUACUACAUCUCAUUCUACAUGA